AAAAAAAAAAAAACAACGUGACCAGCCCCUUUUCCAUUCCCAUGGAUCGUAUUACUGGAGUCUCCAGCUCGGAGACAUCUGCUGCGCUGCGCCGCUGAACAACAGAGCGCGUCCCCGCGUCCCCCCACCCUGCGACCGAGCCCGACUCCCAUGGUGCCCCACUUCUCAACCCCCCUAUUCCCGUUGUUUGCAUGAGGAACCACGGUGCAUGUGGCCCGGCUGUAGUCCAACCAGCAGGCAGGACCGCGUCCCUCCCUGCGUCCUUCCUGCUCCAUCCCGGCGGCGGCGGCGGAGCGAGCAGCAGCAGCAGCAGCGGCGGCGGCGGCGGCCGGUGCCACGGAGCCAGCGCCACAUUUCUUUUUGUCCUCACGGCUCUCGGUAACGUUGUUAGAAAGGAGGACCACGUAGGGCGGAUGAACACAAAUGUGUAAACAACCCUGAACCGAGAACGAGGUUCAGGUUUUUUCCCCCACUCUUUUUGUUUGUUUUGGACACCAUGGAGUCUGUGGAGAAGGAGUGUGGAGCGCUGGGUGGAUUAUUCCAGGCCAUCGUUAACGACAUGAAGAGCUCGUACCCUGUGUGGGAAGACUUCAGUGCCAAGGCCACGAAGCUGCACUCUCAACUCAGGACCACAAUUCUGGCAGCUGUAGCCUUUUUAGAUGCCUUUCAGAAGGUGGCGGACAUGGCCACCAACUCUAGAGGUGCCGCCAGGGACAUUGGCUCAGCUCUGACAAGAAUGUGCAUGAGACACCGCAGCAUCGAAUCAAAACUACGCCACUUCACCAAUGCUCUCAUGGAGGGGCUGGUUACACCUCUCCAAGACAGGAUAGAGGAAUGGAAGAAGACAGCCAACCAGCUGGACAAAGAUCAUGCCAAAGAAUACAAGAGGUCUCGUCAGGAAAUCAAAAGGAAGUCACUUGAUACGCUCAAACUCCAGAAGAAAGCAAGAAAAGAGCUUCUAGGGCGGGGGAACCUGCGCCCCCAGCUGGACAGCGCCAUGCAGGAUGUCAGCGACUUGUACCUGCUGAUGGAGGAGACGGAGAAGCAGGCGGUGCGACGAGCGCUUCUGGAGGACAGAGGCCGUUACUGUUCAUUCAUCGGCUUACUUCAGCCAGUGGUGAAUGUAGAAAUUGCCAUGCUCGGAGAAAUAACGCAUUUACAGGCCAUUGUUGAUGACCUCACCGGGUUGACUGAAGACCCGCACAAGCUGCCGCCUGCCAGUGAGCAGGUAAUCCGGGACCUUAAAGGCUCCGACUACAGCUGGUCCUAUCAGACCCCUCCUUCCUCCCCCAGCAGCACAAACUCCAGGAAGAGCAGCAUGUGCAGCUUGCUUCAGAUGCCCUCAGCAGGAGCUCAUCGGCUCAGCAGCGUGUCCUCCCACGACUCAGGCUUUGUGUCCCAGGAUGCCAACACCCAUUCCAAGCCUCCGUCACCCAUGCCCUCUGAUAUCACCAGCCAGAAAUCCACAAGCUCAGCCUCCUCUGAGGCAUCAGAAACCUGCCAGUCUGUCAGCGAGUGCAACUCUCCUACAGCGUAUGGCUCAUGCUCAUCCUUCGGUACCUUCCGCCCUGCUUUUUCUCACACUGGCACCAUCAGGCCUCUCUCUGUCAUAGCCCCUGCGUCCCCCACAUUUACCCACUCACCUGGAUCCAACAAUCCUUCACCUACAUCAAAGGUUCCUAGCUGGAAGGACUGGGCCAAAUCAAGUCCCUGCGAGGCUCCGUUGAGUGGCACUCUGCAGCGCAGGAGGGAGUCCGUGGAAAAGAUGAGAGAGAUGGAGGCUCCGCCCAGUCCACAGGGAUACCCUGGGAUGCAACCAGGUGAUCCGUACAGAGCGAGGAGUGGCCCGGGAAUUAUUACAGCCAAGCACGGAGAGCCCCUGUCUCCAGCGGCCACUACUUUAGCUAUGGUUCUGACCAGAGGCUUGAGCAUGGAGCAACAGAAGAGCAGCAGGGACUCGCUGCAGUACUCCAGUGGCUACAGCACCCAGACCAACACCCCUUCCUGCUCCGAGGACACCAUCCCAUCCCAAGGUUCGGAUUAUGAGUGCUACUCUCUCAACGGGGAUGCUGACAGCGAGGGCCAGGCAGACUUUGACAAGUCGUCUACCAUCCCACGCCACAGCAACAUUGCUCAGAGUUACCGCCGCAUGAUCCAGACCAAAAGACCUGCCAGCACGGCGGGCCUGCCUGCGGGAAAGAGCCUGCAGGGGACGCCGAACGGCGCUGGGGGAGGCGGCUCCCGAACCGUCUCCUCUGGGACGGCCACCAUUCGACGGACGCCGUCCUCCAAAACCGGUGUGAGACGCACGCCGUCCACGUCUGGCCCCAUUCCCAUUCGACCACCCAUCGUGCCGGUUAAAACCCCCARGGUUCCAGACUCUCCAGGAUGUGCCAGUCCGUCUCCACGUCGUAAAGGCAGUGAAGAGUUUCUGCAUGGUGAUGACCCAUCUGCUGGUGACUACAUGAGGGCUUCUCCAAAGAGGAUGAGCCUCCCUGACACAGCCUGGGGCUGUGGAGGGGGAGGAGGGGUGGACAGGACUGUUUACGCUCAGCAGGCCCCCGGCGUGGCUGCUGCCCACAGUGUCGAGGAGGACCCUCAGCUUGCUGCCAACCGUCACAGCCUGGUGGAGAAGAUAGGAGAGCUGGCGGCCAGCGCACACGCCCUCGGUGAGGGUCACUUCCCUUUCCCCAGCUUCAUAUCGGGGGACGCGGCUCAGAGCGCGCCCCAGGACCUGUCCCCAACAGACAUGGGGGACGUGGAUAUGCUGGUGACCAUUCGCCGCGGGGUAAGGCUGCGCAAGACAGUAACCGAUGACAGGUCAGCUCCCAGGAUCCUUCGGUAAUCGAAAGUGAGGCGAAGCUCCGAGGAAGCCGCUGCGGUGCCCUUAUUUACAAACUGAAGCUUAGUAAUCAAAUACAAGAGCACUCGUGUAACACAGAGGACGGAACAGGAUGAAUAAAGGCCAGUUGAGGAAGAAGUGACUAUAAACCCUGAUGAGUCAUGUCCUUGUUUGUAUUGCGUACAAAAGUAAUCUGUAUUUUUGUUUUCUUUUAUUUCAUUUUGUUUUGUUUUGUGGGCUUUGUUGCUGUUCUUUUCUGCUCCCUGUGUGGCCAGUGGUUUCAGCCCAGUUUGUCUCUGUGGACCCUGUGAUGCGUCACUCAUCGGGGGGGUGGAGGGGGUGGGGGGGUCAAUUGUUCUGUGUCAUGAUUAUUAAUUUCCUGUGCAUUUUUCAGCUGAAUAAAGCCACCUGUCAGUGACCGGCGCAGAGCUUUGUAAAACURGUUGUUUUUUUUUUCUUCUUUUUGUUACUGCCCAAGUACCGUAUUACUGUUUCAUUUCAUAAGCAUCAGCUGUAAUUUCAUGUAAAGAUAGAAGCAAUAUGUUUUUAUUGCUGUCCUGUACUGUCAAUAUACCUUGCAAUUAAACAGGCUUUUUACUGUAAAA